CGGUAGCAAGAAAGUGUGGACCUCCGAUGGGAAAAUUUGUAUAAAGACGGAUAAUGGUAUCAAAAAGGCGACAACCAAUAAACAGCUGGAUCUUCUUGUCAACAAUAAAUAAACUGGCUUUGUUAAAUAUGCAAUCGAUGCAGUGUUUGAUCGCACGAAUUUUUGCAAUGCGUAUUGCACAUGUAAACAUAAGAUCCCUGGUGCCAAAGUUACACGUUCUUAAAAGUUUUUUGGAUGUCGAAAAAUAUGAUGUAAUGGCUAUCAGCGAAAGCUGGUUGAAGAAUGACGUGAGCGAUGAGCAUAUUACUAUUCCUGGUUAUAAUCUGGUGAGGCAGGAUAGGGUAAACAGAGUCUCUAAUCAAUACACAAUUGAACACUUAUGGUUAAAUAUUAAAACAAGUACUCAGUCUGUGGUAGUUGGCGUUAUUUAUAGACCUCCAAAUCAAAACUACAAAGUAUUCUGUGACGAAUUGGAAGGGGUAUGCUUAGAAGCUUUGCUGGCAUGUGAGAGUCUUGUUUGUGUAGGGGAUGUAAACAUUAAUAUUCUUAAUAAAUCCUCAACUGAAACUAAAUAUUAUCUAAACAUGCUAGAAACUCUGGGCUUAACUCAAAUCAUCGAAAAGGCCACACGUUUAGGUACGUCGCUUUUAGACCACAUAAUUGUUUCAAAUCCUAUUGUAGUUAAAAAAUCUGGUACAAAUGGUAUGUUAUUUGCUGAUCACGAAACCAUAUUUUGUGAACUCGUUUUAGACAAAAUAAUAAGUCAUCAUGAACGCAGAGCUAUUAGAAGUUUUAAAAAUUUCGAUGUAGACUUAUUUCGAGCCGAUGUACAAAGAGUAGCCUGGCAACAUAUUUUUUACAUAGCUGACGUAAAUCUGAAACUAAAUUACCUAAAUGAUAACAUUCUCAACAUUAUUAACAAGCAUGCACCCAUAGUUACUGUAUCGGGCAACAGGAAAACUAACACACAAUGGUUAUCAUCCAACACCAAAUACCUUAUGAGGCUAAGGGAUAAAGCGUACAAAAAAUUCAAACAAUCGCAAUCACCCGCACACUGGGAAUAUUAUAAAUCUCUGCGUAAUCUUGUGAACAAAACGGUAAAACUGGAGAAGAAAGCGUUUUUGGAGUACAAACUCAAUAAUAAGGACCCCAAAGUAUUAUGGAAGGAACUUAAAAAUCUAAAAAUCGUUCAUGACAGGAAAAACGUCAUACCUCCUUUUCUACAACAUGCUAACCAAAUCAAUGAUUACUUUAUAAAUAGUAUUCCUGCUGUUCAAAGUGAUCUGUCUAAAAUUGAGCCUCUUUUUAGCGCUGAUUAUAAGUAUGUAAAUUUUGAAUUUUCAUCGAUUGAUACCGGCAUGGCUGCGAAGCUGCUUAACUCGAUAAAAACGAAUAGCACUGGUUGGGAUGGUAUAAACAUUACUAUUGUGAAAUUGUUUUGUCCUACAAUUCUUCCUUAUCUAACGCAUAUAAUUAACGAAUGUAUCAAUACUAACACAUCUCCAACUGCGUGGAAAAAAGUAAUUGUCAUACCGAUUGCAAAAAUACCCAACCCAAAAGAAUACAAAGAUCUUCGUCCCAUCAGUAUUCUCCGAGGUAUUCUCCCAGUAAUGUCAAAAAUUUUAGAAAAAAUCAUUGAUUCACAGCUACGCGCGUAUUUAAACACUAACCACGCUUUCUUACAAAACCAAUCUGGGUUUAGGGCCGGGCAUAGCUGUGCCACUGCUAUUCUUCAUGUCACUGACGAUAUAUUAAGAGCGACUGACCAAGGCAAGGUAUCUGUGCUAACACUUCUGGAUUUCAGCAAGGUAUUUGGUAGACCAUGA